GGAAGAUGAGCAGACAGAUGGACAAACUUUGCUCUGAGAGAGGAGCAGAACUAGACUUCUGAUAUACUACAUACUAAUAUAGCAGAUUUUUGAAGAUUUUGAAAGUUUUGAAGUAGGACAACACUUUUAGUUGGAGAAUGAAGACCCUCCUCAUCAUCUUCGCCCUCUACUGGAUCUCAGGUCCAGUGGGCGGCUUUGAUGUGAUUGGCUACUCAGGAGGCAGUGUUAAGAUUUACUGUUACCACCAGAAGAACCACAGUAACAGAUAUUUUUGCAAGUCAUCUGCAAACAGAUGUUUGGAAACUUCUAGAAUCGAGGCAACCAGCAACGCUGGAUACACCUUGGUCACCAUGACAUCGCUGAAGUCCCAGGAUGGAGGAACGUACCGGUGUGGAGAGAGUUCCACGCGGAACCAUAACAUAAACCUGAUGGUAAUCAGAGAUCCAUGUUGCAGUGAGCCAAAGUCGAUGGUUGGUUAUCUGGGAGAGAGCGUCACCAUCAACUGUUACUAUCAAGAGGAGUUUCAGACAAACGACAAGUAUUUCUAUAAACUGUCUGAUCGAGAAUUUAUUGAAGUGAUCCGUUCUACUAAUUCCCAGAAAGGAAGAUUCUCCAUCUCUGAUAACAGAAGCUCUAGAGUUUUCAGUGUGAGAAUCAGAGAUGUGAUAGAAGAUGAUAAAGGAGUUUAUUACUGUGGAGUUUGGGGAGGAGGGAAUUCAGUUCAAUAUACAUCAAUCUACAGAGAAAUCGUGCUCUCCAUUUCUGGAGGCAAAGGGGGGAGAGUAGGAAACAUAUCGAACACAGAUCAGUUUGCAAUUCCUACAUCAUCCGGACAACCAGACAAAACCUCAACAAACAAGUUGGAAUUCUCAUGUCAGCGUGAUCCCACUGUCGUCAUCAUCACUGCAUGUGUCUGCGUGACUCUGGUUCUGAUUGGAGGACUGGCUGUGAUCUUCUAUAUCAUCAAACACAGAUCUGUUUCUUCUGGCAAAAAUACAAAAACCAAUGACACGGCUGAUGGAGAUUACGUGUUCAUGCAAAGCAGAAUUGUACCGACACAGGUCCCGCCUACAACAGCCUCGACCCCUACACCAACCAAUAAGAUUCAUCCUACCAGACCCAAAACCCCCAAACCAGCCACUUCCGAUUUAUCCUGCCAGAGCUUCAGCCCUAAACCUAAACAUGUUGGUUUCCGUCUACCAGAGCCUCAACCCAAACCCCAAAACCAACCACUCUGAUUCAGACUAUCAGAACCUCAACCCCAAAACCAACCACUCUGAUUCAGUUUGCCAAAGCCUUAACCCCAAAUCCAACCACUCUGAUUCAGACUAUCAGAACCUCAACCCCAAAACCAACCACUCUGAUUCAGUUUGCCAAAGCCUUAACCCCAAAUCCAACCACUCUGAUUCAGACUAUCAGAACCUCAACCCCAAAACCAACCACUCUGAUUCAGUUUGCCAAAGCCUUAACCCCAAAUCCAACCACUCUGAUUUAGUCUAUCAGAGCUUAAACCCCAAAACCAACCAAUCAGAUUCAGUCUACCAGUGUCUAAACCCAAAAACCAACCACUCU